UCGUGAGUCAUCCGCAUCUCCCCUUCCUGAUGCUGUUUUAGUCUUUAAAAGUAAACAACUACCCACCCGACUCUCCUGCCUUUCUUUAAUUCUCUAUAACCGUAAUUCACACUACAUUAAUCUCUCUUUUCCUUUCUUCCUUCCUUCUUUCAUUUAAAUUCUCACAUCUUUCCAGAGAUUGGUCAUAUAAGUUGCUUCUUGCAUUCGUCUUCCCUCUGUUGCCAGCAAGUUCUUGCUGGCAGGUAAAAUGUUUUGCACAGCGUUGAGGCCUAGUAAAGCCUUAGACGGUGUAAAUGGAGUGCAAGUGGUUCCUCGUUCACCUUUUGCAUUGGAGGAGAUAAACCAACAAAGGGAAUUCCAAUCCACUCAUGAUAAAUCAUUUUUUACAGCAAAUCAACCACUAUUGAUGCAAGUAUGGCAGCAGAGGCCAUCUUGUUUAAGGCCAGUAAGAUGUUGUAUGAAAGGGGAUCAGAAUUUUCAAGAAACAGUGGCUAAUGUGUUAACCUCACUUCCUUUUAUAGUUCUUGGGAUCCAAGCCCCGAGGAGAAAUUUGAACUCUAAGCUGUAUGCUAAUUCACUAAUCGGAGUUGGAGUUGCCUCUACUUUGUAUCAUUCUUCCAGAGGAAAGCUGAGGAUGUAUUUAAGGUGGGCUGACUACACAAUGAUUGCCACUGCUACUGUGUGUCUAUCAAGAGCUCUUAGAAAUGAGAAUCCGAAGUUAUUGAUGGCAGCUUCUGCUUUACUUCUACCUGUUCAACCUCUGAUGGUUUCAGCUGUUCACACUGGAAUGAUGGAGGUGGCAUUUGCAAAAAGAGCAUUGAAAUACCCAGAAUUAAGGAUGGCUCACAAUGUUCAUAAGAUGUCAUCACUGUUGGGAGGUGUUCUUUUCAUUGCAGACGAUGUCUUUCCUAGGACUCCUUUCAUUCAUGCUGCAUGGCAUCUUGCAGCAGCUGUCGGUGUUGGCACGUGUAACAAGCUUCUUGAGUAGUGUGUUAUAUAUAAAUUAUAGUAGGACAAUCUUUAUAUCUAUAACUAUUAUUUGUUUAUCCCGAUUCCUAAGAGCUCUGGAAUAUCUCUUUACAAAAUCUCGUAAAGAUUCAUCUUCACGUUGCCUGAUUGGCAUUAAAUACGUUGGCAAUUGUUGUAGUGUCUUGUUCCCAAGAAUUUGCUCAUGAAUAAGUCCGCCAAUUGCUUGAAACUAAUGAUGAAAUUUUACAGAAGCUACAUAUACCAAGCCUGAGCUGAAUCUUUCAAUGUCACCGAGAAUGCCAUGCACUCCACCUAAUCUGAAGCAACCAAAAUGUUCAUAUGAUUCACAUAAUGCGCCAAAUGAUCUUGGGGUCAACUCGACCAUCAUACGAUAAUUUAGGGAAUUUAAGAGUUGGAAGAACAUUACGACGUAGUAUUUCACUAGCCAAGGGUUCAUUUGUAUAUUUCUUAACUAAACUCAAUGACUAAUACUUUUGAUA